AUGGCAACAGAAUCCCACCAACCCCCAAUCCUCCUCGUCAUCGACCUGCAGCACGGGCUUGUAGAAGGCGAUCCAGAAUGGGGUCCCCGCUCAACUCCCAACCUCAUCGAAAAUGUCAAACACCUUCUCAAAACCUGGCGCUCUAAGAACUGGCCAAUCCUCCACAUCCAACACGAUGCGUUCAAUGAGCCCAAGAACCCCAUUAACGCCGCAUAUCCUAAGACGUUUGCAAUCCACAAUAGCGCCGCGCCGGAAGGUGAUGAGAAAGUUUUCGUCAAGCACACAGGUAGUGCGUUCUUUGCGAAAGGACUGCCGGAGGCGAUUAAUAGCUAUGGACAUAGGAAAACCGUGGUGAUUGGCAUGGAUGGCUCGCAGUGUAUUAAUUCCACCGUGAGGCAGGGGGAUGAUUUGGGAUAUAAGAUGUUUGUUGUUGUGGAUGCGUGUGCUAGUUAUGGGAUGGAGGAUUAUGAGGGGAGGAAUGUGGGGGCGGAGAAUACACAUAACGCGGCGAUGUGGAUGUUGGCGCCUUAUGCCAAAAUUACAACAACGGAGAAAGUAUGGAAGGAUUUAGGAUACUAGCAAGUGACAACAGUAGAGUUAGGAAAUUUAAGAUUGGAUCUGGUUCGCACGUAUAUUCUGCUACGGAUGAUGAUCGACAAAUGAUCAAGAAUGAAAGUUAGUGCUUUAUGGAAUCACUCAUCAAGUAAUAUCGAAGUCUCGCAGCUUAUUGCGUGUUAUAUU